AUGAAUUCUAAGGAGUAUGAAAACAUUUUACAAGAGAAUAUAAGGGCAGUAAUCCAUGACCUGAAGCUGAAGAAACAGAGUGAUGCAACAAGAAAAUUACCUAAAGCACACAAUAAAUACAUGAAACAAUGGUUUGAAAAGGAAAAAGAUAAAAGUAAAGAAGCAAACAGGGCAACUUGUUCAACCGCAUUCAUUUUACAUUCAGAGAGAAAAAAUAACGCUGCCAAGACAGAUGAAAAGAAUAAUGUUUUGAAGAUGUCAAGUGAAGAGGACUGCGUGGCCAAAAUCAACAAGCCUGUGGCGUCAACACCAGUGCCCGGAUCACCAUGGUGUGUGGUAUGGACUGGAGAUGACAAAGUAUUCUUCUUCAACCCUACAAUACAACUAUCAGUUUGGGACAAGCCAAUAGACUUAAAGAAUCGAGUGGAUAUAAACAGAAUCAUUGAGGACCCCCCGCAUAAACGCAAACUGGAAUCUCCCACAACUGGCAAGAAAGAUGGACUGGUCCCAGAAGAUGCUAAUGAUGAACACAACUCCAAAAUUAAGAGAAAUAAGACAGAAGAUUCGCAUGCCAUUGAUCAAGUUGAAGAGGAAGAUGAAAAAUCAUCAUCCAUAAAAUCAGUGCCCCCUUUGGAGGAUCGGAUGAUAUGCUUUAGGAACAUGCUUCUUGAGAGAGGGGUGUCUGCAUUCUCCACAUGGGAAAAAGAGCUGCAUAAAAUCGUGUUUGAUCCUCGAUAUCUCUUAUUAAACUCAGAAGAACGAAAACAGCUAACAUCACAAAGAGUCGACCAGCUACAGUGUUUAAAUGUAGAUUCUUUUGUAAUGCAUUUCAUAGAAGGAGCAGAAAAAAAUGUAGUGAAGUAUAAAAAGAAAGAUUGCCAAGAUAACCAAGACAACUGUCACAAAGUACCAUCCAUUAGAGUACAUAAAGAAUUCCUCUUGAAAGAGCUAUUGAAUAAUUGA